AUGGCUGCACUCGUGAAGGCAAUUAACGCUAAGAUCCGGUCGAACCCGGUCUCCGACUACUUCUGCUCGACCCACUUCUGGGGUCCUGCAUCCAACUUCGGUAUUCCCAUCGCCGCCAUCUUGGAUACUCAGAAGAGCCCUGAUAUGAUCUCCGGACAGAUGACGGGUGCGCUAAUCAUCUACGCCGCGACCUUCAUGCGUUAUUCCCUGGCCGUUUCUCCCCGAAACUACCUCCUCUUCGCCUGCCACUUCGUCAACGAGGGUGCCCAGCUCACCCAAGGAUACCGAUACCUCAACUACCACUACUGGGGCGGAAAGGAGCAGUUGACGGUGGCUGCUGAGGCGGCCAAGGACAAGAUCCAGAAGGUUGAGAGCGCAGUCAGCAAAUAG